AUGACGAUUUCGAUGAUCCUAAUAAUGUUGAUGAUGAUGCAGUUGAGAUUUGGAUUAGGGAUAAGAUUCGAGAUAAAAAACGAAGAAUGUUUGUCACACAACGUUGUUUACUCCGGCGAGACUGUUCAUGUCUCGUUUGUUGUCAUCAAAGCUGAUGCUCCUUGGAGUUAUGGCCAUGAAGGUGUUGAUCUCCAGAUAAAGGGCCCUACGGGCGAGCUGAUACACAAGUUUCACGACAAGACGAGUGAUAAACACGAGUUCGUGGCUGAAAAAAGUGGUCUCUACCGGUUUUGCUUCACGAACAAGUCUCCUUUUCAAGAGACCAUUCAUUUUGAUGUUCUUGCUGGUCAUUUUCCUUACCAUGAUCAGCACGCAAAAGACGAGCAUUUCAACCCCUUGCUAGAACAGAUUUCUAAGUUAGAAGAAGCUCUGUACAACAUCCAAUUCGAGCAGCAUUGGCUAGAGGCACAAACUGAUCGUCAGGCGCUCGUGAAUGAAGCUAUGAGCCAAAGAGCAGUUCACAAGGCGUUUUGCGAAUCAUUGGCACUCAUAGGAGUCAGUUGCCUUCAAUUUUUCCUCCUUCGACUCCUUUUCGAGCAAAAGCUUGGAUCAUCAAGAGUCUAG